CUUAACUGGGCACCAUCCCCGGGCUUCACUUCAUGACCUGCGUCAGCCUUUGUCGACGCUGGUCAGUACAGGCAACGAACCAAGACGGCUUUUCGACGUGGUUGAGUUUCUGAUGAAUGAUAAGGAGGGAAAAGGGACUGUGUCAGCUGAAGAGGCCAUGCAGAUUCUUUUUGUCAGAUUUGGGAGAAGCCUUCUUGACUCACAAGUUGAAGAAAUCUUCGGUAACACCGACACCAACAUAUUGAAAGAUCUGACAUUGACGGAGUUCUUAAAUAGCCUUAACCUGUCACAGCUUAAGCAGCAGACUGCAAAAGCCAAGAGUAUGGCUCAAAUAUCACUGAAGGGUUUUCGAAGAGAUCAAGCUGAGAGCUCGCGGAGCAAUUAACUAGCGAUGCGCGGUCAUCCAUGUCAAGGCAAGGAGCACAAGUUGAAUGCAUGCAUGCAUGCAAACCAGCACUGCCCACGACGCAUCCGAAGGUUGCGGCGGUAUAAUCGGUGGCCGGCGCACAGCUUGGUUACUUUGCUCUGGGGACAGCAGCGUUUUAAUCGAACGAUGGUUGGUCAUCCACAUCCACUUCAAGGCAAGAACACAACUCGAAUGCAUGCGAACCACGACUGCCCGCAUCACAUCCCAAGGUUGCGGUGGUGUAAGCGCUGGUCUGGGCACAGUCUGUUGUUGGGGGCCGCGGUGGUCUGAUCAAAGGGCCUCUUCCACUUCCACAAGAAAGGAUCUUCAAGUGGGAAGAACGAUCAUGAUAACUCGACGAAAAAAGGACAAUGAAAAACCGGACUCAGA